GCACGAUAGAAUCAAUCCCUCUGCCCCCCUUUCGUUUCUGGGAGCUUCUUUUUUAUUUUCCCCCAAUUUAUUUAAAACCUAUAUCAUUCGCUAACUCUUCUUCUGCAAGAUCGAAGAUUUGCGUUUUCGUUUUUUUAUUUUUCUCUUCAUAUCUUUGAAGCAGUUCCCAAGUCUCGCUCUUUCGUGGUGCCGAUUUUAGUUUUUCGCUUGGAAAAUCGUGGAUUUCGUUGAUUUCCGAUCCGAUUGAAGGUUUCCUGCAUUUUUUAUCUGACAAGUUCAUUCAAUACAAUAAGAAGGAAAAUUGUUAAUUGGUUCUGGACUGAGCAAUGCGGGGAUACGACAGAGAAGAAGUCGAAGAUUAUGAUGAUUAUGACAUGGAAGGAGAAUAUCAAGAUGAAGAUGUCAUGGAAGAAGAUGGGGAUGGAUAUGAGGAGGAAGAAGAAGAGGAAGAGGAAGAAGAAACCAGGCAACCUACACAAGAAGAAGUGGAAUAUCUAGAGUUAAGGCAGCGGCUGAAAGAAUCUAUCAGACGAAAGAGGAAGCAUGGUGCUGCAGGUUCUUCUCAAGAGAAGAAGCUUCCAUACAAUAACUUUGGAUCCUUUUUUGGCCCUUCUCAGCCUGUUAUUGCUCAGAGAGUUAUCCAAGAAAGCAAGUCAUUGUUGGAAAACCAGAAUUUGGUAUCGAAGAUGUUGACUUCCCGUCAGUCUAGUAAAAAGAACUCUGCUUCAGACGGUGCUAGACCAAGACAAGGACAACAUAUCCGGCCACCCAAACCUACAAGUGAGCUCAGAAAGAAAGUGGAGAAACUUAAGGUUGCAAGAGAUUACUCAUUUCUUGAAGAUGAUAGAGGGGUUCCAGCGCCUGCAAAAGAGCCUCCACCUCGAAAUGUUUCUGCUCCAACCUCUGAGGCGCGAUCGGCUCAAAUGUUUCCAAAAAGCAAACAAGCUUUGAGCAGCAACAGCAAUAGUGGCAGAAAUUCCCAAGGCAUCCGUGAUGAAAGGAAAUCAGUUCCUUUGAAGGGUCAAUUGCAAUCUAAAGCUGGUAGCCUUAAGUCUUCUACCAUUAAACCAAAUGGGAUGCCAAUGGAUUCUAGAAAGCAGCAUGGUGUUAGCAAUGGUAUGGGGCCAGGCCGGCCUGGUGGUGUUAGCAAUGGUAUGGGGCCUGGCCGGCCUGGUGGUGCUAGCAAUGGUAUGGGGCCUGGCCGGCCUGGUGGUGCUAGCAAUGGUACCGGGCCUAGCCGACCUGGUGGUGUAAGCAAUGGUACUGGGCCUGGUCGGCCUGGUGGUGCUAACAGUGGUUCUGGUCCUGGCCGGGCUGGUGCUGCUAGCAAUGGUGCAGGGUCUGGCCGGCCUGUUGGCGCAAGCAAUGGUGCAGGGUCUGGCCGUUCUGCUGGCCCUAAAGCCGUGCCUUCAAAGAUGCCUAUCGCAAAGAUGGAGAAGAAGAUUCCUCCACCUACUUCUAGGAAUCUCCCACCUAGUGAGAACAAAGCACCCUCCUCAAAAAUGCACUUAUCUGAUUCAAGACAGCACUUGGAACAGAAAAGGGGAUUACAAGAACGUAGUAAGGAUAAAAUGAUGCACCAAAGGCCUCCAGUAUCGUCAAAGCCACAGGUAAACAAGCCAAUCAAGCCAGUCUCAUCACAAUCUCAUAUGAAACCAAAUGUUCAGCGACCCAAGAAAAAGCAAUUAAGUGAAGAUGAAAAGGCUCUAAUGAUGAUCAGAAAUAUGUUCCACACUGAUCGAUAUCCAGUUUGUGAUGAUGAUGACGUUAGUGACAUGGAGGCAAAUUGGGAUGAGAUUAUGAAGGAAGAAAGAAGAAGUGCUAAAAUUGCAAGGCAGGAGGAUGAAGAACAAUUGAGGUUGAUAGAGGAAGAAGAGCGGCGGGAGCGGAUGCGGCGGAUGGCCAAAAAGCGCAAGCUGAGCCAACACUGAUAGAUUCGAUUGUUUGAUUGUAACCGAAUCCAAGCGGCAGCCAGGCUUGAAAUUCUGAAAAAUCUUUUUUCAUCUUCUGGUGUUUAUUUAUUUUGCCUAUGUAAUUACUACACAUUGAAGAAUGUUUUUUCAUUUUCAAGUUUUAGAAUUAAAUAAUACAUUAGAAUUUUCUUUUUUUUCGUUAAUAAGUAACUCGUUUUUGGUUGGUGCA